CCGUACCCCUCGGCCUGAAACUUGGAGCUGGGUAGGGGUCCAGCAUGAAGCCCCCGGACCGCCCCGCCCCUGGCCGCACUGACCGGAUACUGGGGGUCAUGGGGGGCAUGCUGCGCGCAUGCGCCCUACCCGGGCAGGAGGGGCCUCCGAAGAGAAGCCCCCUCGGGCCGGAAGGGACCGAGCCAGAGUCUGCCUGUACGGAGGGGGGUCAGAGAGGGGAGCGCGAACCUGAGGCCCCCGCUUGGGCUCCGCUGCCCGAAUCCUACUCCAUUGCUGACAGUGAGGGGAGUAUCUCGGCUUCAGCUGCCUCCGGUCUGGCUGUCCCCUCUGGCCCCACCUCUGGCUUCAGCUCUGAGCCCUGUUCCCCGGGCCCGCCCGGGCCCAGCAGUGGCCUGAGAAGAUGGUUGGAUCACUCCAAACAUUGUCUUAGCGUGGAAACUGAAGUAGAUGGUGGCCAGGCUGGACCAUAUGAGAACUGGAUGCUGGAACCAGCUCUAGCCACAGGAGAGGAACUUCCAGAAUUGACCCUGCUGACCACACUGUUGGAGGGCCCCGGAGAUGAGACGAAGCUACCUGAGGAGAGUUUGUCCCAAGCCCCUGAGAGUGAGGAGGAACAGAAAAAGAAGGCUCUGGAAAGGAGUAUGUAUGUCCUCGGUGAACUGGUAGAGACAGAGAAAAUGUAUGUGGAGGACUUAGGGCAGAUUGUGGAGGGUUACAUGGCCACCAUGGCUGCUCAGGGGGUCCCAGAGAAUCUUCGAGGCCGUGACAGGAUUGUGUUUGGGAACAUCCAGCAAAUCUACGAGUGGCAUCGAGACUAUCUCCUGGGGGAACUACAGCGGUGUUUGAAGGAUCCUGAUUGGCUGGCUCAGCUAUUCAUCAAACACGAGCGCCGGCUGCAUAUGUAUGUGGUAUACUGUCAGAAUAAACCCAAAUCAGAGCAUGUGGUGUCAGAAUUUGGGGACAGCUACUUUGAGGAGCUCCGGCAGCAGCUAGGGCACCGCUUGCAGCUCAAUGAUCUUCUCAUCAAACCAGUGCAGAGGAUCAUGAAAUACCAGCUGCUGCUCAAGGAUUUUCUCAAGUAUUAUAGUAGAGCUGGGAUGGAUACUGAAGAGCUGGAGCGAGCAGUGGAGGUCAUGUGCUUCGUGCCCAAGCGCUGUAAUGACAUGAUGACCCUGGGGAGACUGCGGGGAUUUGAGGGCAAACUGACUGCUCAGGGGAAGCUCUUGGGCCAGGACACAUUCUGGGUCACAGAGCCUGAGGCUGGGGGGCUUCUUUCCUCCCGGGGUCGAGAGCGGCGUGUCUUCCUCUUUGAGCAAAUCGUCAUCUUCAGUGAGGCCUUGGGAGGAGGAGUGCGAGGUGGAACACAGCCUGGAUAUGUAUACAAGAGCAGCAUCAAGGUGAGCUGCCUUGGACUGGAGGGGAACCUCCAAGGUGACCCUUGCCGCUUUGCUCUGACCUCCAGAGGGCCAGAGGGUGGGAUCCAGCGCUAUGUCCUGCAGACUGCAGACCCUGCAGUUAGUCAGGCCUGGAUCAGGCAAGUGGCUCAGAUCCUGGAAAGCCAGCGGGACUUUCUCAAUGCAUUGCAAUCACCCAUUGAAUACCAGAGACGGGAGAGCCAGACCAACAGCCUGGGGAGGCCAGGAGGGCCUGGGGUGGGAAGCCCUGGGAAAAUGCGGCCUGGAGACCGGGCCCAGGUCAGCACACACAGGCCCAUCAAUGGCUCUCUUCCCUCCCUGCUGCUGUUACCCAAAGGGGAGGUGGCCAGAGGCCCCCUGCCCCUGGACACACAGGCCCUCAGUGAAAUCCCCCAGAUUCCUCAUGACUCUCCUUCAGCUCCACCAAUUUCAAACACCCCUCCCUGCCAGGCCAGACUUGCCAAGUUGGAUGAAGAUGAGCUGUAACUGGUAAAGACCAUGGGGGUGGUGCUGACUCAGCUACUCUCUUCCCCAAGGAACUUCAGGGCAAUCCUUCUGGCACUGCUCCAGAAUUCCUCCCUCUUGGUGUGUCUGGAGGUGGGCAAGGCCGGGAGUGGUGUCAACUUGGAGGAGGGUACCUAAACUCAAAAGACUUCUUUCUGUCCUGGGAACACAGGUUCCUUCAGCUCCCACCCCCAUGCAUGCAUCACAGGUCCCCCACAAAAGAAGGAUAUGUGGGUGGGUGGGAGGGCUAGGGCAAGGGCCAAAAAGAAAAUAUUGGUUUUGAUUUUGUUUUUUUCUGUUUUCUGAGAAUAAAGGUUUUCUUAUAUCA